CUUCGUCGUCUCGAGGCGAAUCGCGAGUCAAUGUCUGGCACGCCUUAAAGCUCUCACGCUCGACUGCGCCUUGAGUGUCAGUCGUCCGGGGCCUUUGUUCGCUCGUCCCGAUCGCUCUCUGCUGCGUCCAUUAUCUCGAAUCGCAUCCUCGCAUCGAUGUCUCUGCUGUCUAUGUUCGCAGCCUCCCGCGUCGGAUAAGAAAGAGGUGGAGAGUUUUUGAAAUUUUGUGUUGCUGUUCUGUGAUGGGAUUCGGGUGUUCUGGUAUGGGCUCGUAGCUUGUAUGUAGGUCGACGGAGGUCGAGGAGACGAGAGCGCUGUGGAUUUCUCAGCGUGUGAACGAUGGGGAAGGCAAAGAAGGACUCGGUUUUACUGGAGGGGAUGCUGGGGAGUUAUAGGAAUGCGAGGAAUGCCGGUGAUCAAGAGGAUGAAGCGAAGUGGGCGAAUAAUAUUGGACAUAUGUAUAAGGAAAGGGGGGAAUACAAGCUCGCUUUAGAGUGGUUCUUGAAGGACUACACGAUCUCCAUGAAAAUUCAUGCAUCCGACCCCGUGAAGCUGAUGCCUACUUGCCAGUCCAUCGGGGAAGCUCACCUGCGACUUUUAGACUUCGAGAAAGCCCUCCAGUGGCAGAGGAAGCACUUCCAUCUAGCAGAGGAAGCUGCCGAUGAACCCGAGCAACAAAGAGCGAGCACUCAGCUGGGACGUACGUAUUUAGAGAUCUUCGAAACCAAAAGUACAAUCUCAGCUGUACAGGAUGCCUCAAGAUAUCUCAGAAUAUCGCUUAGUUUGGCCCAGAAUCUGAAAGCUUGUCCUCCGCCGAAAGAGCUGUCUCCGUCAGGAUUUGUGAAGGAGCUUGUCGACGCCUACAAUAACCUCGGACUUUUGAGAGUGGCGGUUGAUGACUUUACAGCAGCAGAGAAGUAUUAUAACCAGGGCUUGAAAAUAUGUGACGAAGAAGAGGUCAAUGAAAAUGAUGAUGCACGUUCUAGACUCCAUCACAACCUCGGUCAGCUUUAUUGUGAAUUGCGGCAAUGGGAUAAAGCCAGGGAGCACACAGAUAUGGACAUCGCAAUUUGCCAACGAAUUCCUCACGCCCAAGGGGAAGCCAAGGGACUGGUGAAUCAAGGAAUCCUACAUCUCAAAGCCUUGGAAUUCGAAAAGGCAAGGAUGAGUUUUAAACGGGCUUUGGUGAUUGCCCAGUCGCUCCAGGACGAGACUCAACUGUGUGAGGACAUAAUAGCCAACCUUGAAGUCCUUAGCGAAGCUGAAGACAAAUCCAAACAAAUUGGAGUCUUGUUGCAGCAGCAGAAAAAGCUCCGUCGUGGAGUGGAGAGUGCUCCAAACGUUUUAUCAUCGAGGACGAUCAUCAAACAGGAGAUGAAGUUGUUAUUUGAUAUUUUGUCCGAGGCCUACGCUAUCAAAUCCUGGGAUGUGCAUCUUGGGAUGUCUAAGCGGUUGAAAACCUUAGCAGAGCGUCUCGGUGACCACGAGAAGCUCGGAGAUGCUUUGGAUCUGAUUGGCAUUUCUUACUAUAAUCUCCGAAUUUUUUCCAAAGCGAUCAAGUGGCACUGGAAGGAAUGGGAUGUUUGCCACAGGAUCAAUCACUUGGAGGGCCAGAUCGUCGCCAAAAUAAACCUCGGCAAUUGUUUUGAUUCGACAGGGGAUUGGGAGGGAGCUCUGGAGGCUUAUCUGGAUGCCUACAAAGCUGCAAGUUCGAAAUCCACAUCUGCCAUGCGAUCUCAGAAGAUAAAUGCGUUGGAGAAUAUGCACUAUUGCUACUCAGUCCGUCUGGAGCAGUUCGAGGAUGCAAGGAGGGUUGAGCUUGAACUACAGCAGUUGAAGAACCUGGGGAACAAUCCUACAGGCAUCGCAGACCCAGAGGAUGAACGGUGUUCUGAAACUGAUGGCGAAGGAUCUGAAGAUGAUACGAACAAACCGGCGGCCCCUAAUGCAGAGAACGGAUGCAGCUAUGGUUCUAGAAAAGCACUUCUUGCUAAAGACAAGACCGUUGUAAGUCUUGAUGAAUCAGAAGAUGGAAAGAUCUCUCAGACGGACUGUGACCUCUUUUGGGAGGAAUUUGAUAUGUCAGAGGCCUUGGAUGCUGAAAAAAAAGUAGAUACUCAGGAAUCCCUUUCAGUAGAGAAGGAACCGGAUCUAGAAGAUAUCACUGAUGAUCAUGCACCGCUCUCAUCUCUUUUUAAUGGUCGUAAAAUGUUACCUUUGAACGAUAUAUGUAGUAAUAGCUUGAGAAGGGAGAAGAAGGAACCGCAGAAACAGAAAGUUUCUACAAAGGACGCAGGUGUCGCUCCAAAACCCUCCAAAGAAGCAUCGAAGUUAACUCCAGUGAAAGCCCUGUCUAGGAAACAGCAGUCUAGCCGACGGAAAAUGUUGCAGACAGUACUGUCGGACGACGAGGAGAACCUCAUUCCGCCAAAAAGUGCGAAGGCCCCCUGCCCUCCAAGCAUUCCAGAUGGGGGUGGAAGCGGGUACGUAGAGGACAGUGACAAUGACAGUGACUUGAUGGAGGUCCUUGCUUCAACGAAGAAGAGGAGUCGCUUAUCGAUAAGGCACUACCCUGCUAAGCGAGUGAGUACCACCAGCUCAGAUACAGAUGUUUCACUCAUUCCUAAUAGGAGGUCUGAACAGACCGAAACAUCUUCUCUGAACACAUCCCCAAGCCCGAAAGAGGGAAGUUCCCUUCCUCCUCUGGUUGACCUUGUCUCGUCCUCUAGAUUGCCUGAGAUAUCUAUGGUGGACUUAACCCCACUAUCCGAGCAUGCUACAAGAGUUGAAUCGAGUCAUGUUAGAGCCGGUGAAGAAUCCACUCCUUCCUACGUGCAGUGCGCCAUUCCCAGUUCCAACCAAGGCUUUGAUCUCGAUGUCAAUGAGCAGAGCAUUUCGGACAGGCGGGCUGAGCGUAGUUCUCAUGCAGUGCCAGAACCGUCGAGUAGUGAAGCAUGCAAAGGAUCGGAGUGUCUUCCAUGUGGAAGUUCUUGUCACGUCAACGAGGCGAAGUCUCAACAUUAUGAUGAGAUUGCAAGCGCUUUUCAUGAUGGCGAGAAAAUGGACUUCUCCGGUGCCGAGUUCGCAGAUAUACCGGUGUUGUUACGGUAUGCAGAGGAAUGUUCAAUAAGCGGUGUCCUCCCGAACGCUAUGUUGAUAAACAAGCUUCAAAGUCUGAAGAGCUCUGAAGACGAAGUGUUGGCGUCUGAGUGCAACCUAACAGACAAAUGUGCAAGGCCAUUCAUUUCAGCACUACAAGAAAAUAAAACACUCACCGUACUUGACCUUUCACACAAUCAACUGGGUAAUGCCGCUGUCAAUGACAUUCAGCAGCUGAUCAAGCUUACGAAUCAAACAGAUCUGGGUUUGACAUUGGACCUUCAUAGCAACAAGCUCGGAGCUGGGGCUCUCACCCAGAUUUGUCGUUGUCCCGUUGCCCUUUCUCGUCUGGAAGUUCUCAACUUGUCAGAGAACCGGCUAACCGAUGCAGCUAGUCGCCAUCUUUCUCUUAUAUUGGAGGGUUCACCAGCGCUGGCUACGUUGAGCUUAGAAUCAUGUGGACUUACGACCCGCACAAUAUUGAAGUUGAUUUCCGCCCUGGAUUCGAACUCUACCCUCGCUAAACUAUGUAUCGGUAAAAAUAGUCCCAUAGAUGGGUAUGUACUUCAAGAUCUUCUUCAAAAGCUUUCUACGCUCCACAGCUUUGCUGAGCUUGACAUGAAAGGUCUGGAGCUCGACGAAGUCGCAGUUUCGGGCGUUUGUACACUGCUCCAAAAUUCAAGAAGCAUUUCCAUUCUCAAUUUAGAAGCAACCGAUAUUCGAAAUGAUGGAGCCCUUUUGAUCAGUGAAAGCUUGAAAACUGCUACGACACGCCUUGCAAAGUUGAAUUUGUCUGGCUGUGGAUUUCAUUCCGACGCUGCGGUGAAGCUUUGCACGCAGCUGAUGUCCGUCCACAGCCUCUCAUCUCUUGAUCUAAGCUGCAAUGAUCUUGGUCAUCAGGCUACCGUGGUUAUAUCUGAAGCGCUUUCCAAAAGCUGUUGUCGACUGAAGGUGCUGAACCUAAGCAGGUGCAAAAUCGGAAAGCGUGGAGUUCUUUCGAUCAUGAGAUCGCUAAGAGAUAAUAAUACGUUGCUGGAUCUAAAGAUGGCAGAUAAUAUGGAGGAUAGUCCUGCUUUCAAUCAGGGAUGUCCAACAGCAGAAUCAUCAAUCGUUGCUUGUACAGGACUUGGCCAGUCGUACAUGUCCCCAGAAACGCAUGCCUAUUCGAGUUUUAAUAUUGCUGACUUCUUAGUAGGCAGCAAUUGCAGCCCAGGAUUACAAGUCAAUAUCUUGCCCCUCGCUGAAGACAGUACUAAGUUCAUGUCACAUCCCAACAAAGAGGAAGGAUUCUCCUUGGCCGGAGCUUUCAUAUCGGAGUUACCAUCUGUUGUGAAAUGUGACGAGAGGCUAACAACAUGUGUACCUAUGCACACAAGUCUCCUUGAUGGACCGUCAGGCACAUCUUCAGGGCAAGGUGACGAGAAUAUCAUCCCGCCGUUCAUAUCUGAGGGGGAAGCAGAACAAAGGUCCAAAAUGACACUGUUGGAGGACCUUUGUAAAACUUUGGUACCGUUGAGCUACUCAAAUCCAAGUCGCAUCACUGUCGAUCUGCCAGUCAGUAGGGCGGAGGUGUCAUGGAAACCUAUGAGUCAGGAAGUGCAAACUCAUGACUCUCUCCGUAUCUCUUCCGAGAUGGACAUGCUAGAGAGUGCUUCUCGUCCAUUUGAUCACCUGAAUCAAGCUCAUGCGACCCUUUACAGCCAUGCAGAGGCCCAUUGCAAGGGCUUCUGUGGUCAACCACCAUCGAAACCGGUGCCGGAAGCAUUCAUAAAUCAUGUGGAGGGUGCAGGUUUUGCAGCUCACUCAGACUUUACAAGUGAUGCAUUUUGUGAAGAACUUGCACUUUUUACGCGGUCCGCUAAAGGUUUACGUCGGCUGGACUUGAGCCAAAACAAUCUGACCGCAGGGGAUGUGGAGCAACUAUUUCGUGCUUGGACCUCCUCUGCACGCGGGAAGUCGAUUCACGAGCGACAUUUCGACGGUGGCAUUGUCCACUUCUUUGUUCAAGAGCAGCCUUGUCAAUGUGCAAAUCCGCCCUGCUGCAGUGCAUGGAGUGCUGCAUGAGGUGUUGUGUCUCCUUCCGACUUACACCGCCUCGUUCGGUGGGAUCGUGCUUUGCCACCGUUCCACAUGUAUAGUUUGUGGAGUCUAUGGAUUCAGUAUUUUUCUUGUACAAAAAUAUUUUUAUUCAGCUCACGGAAGCGCUAGUUAUAGAAUGUGAAGGCAUGAUAGUUAAAAGACCAAGCUCUGAUCCUUGGGAGCUUGCAUCUUUCACUCAGAGUGAAGCACAGAAAUAGAUGUCGACUGCAAAGCUUCAUAUCCUCUUUUGAUCAUGCGUAAUGCAUCAUUUUUGAUAGACAUAUCUAGCAGCACUAUAUUCUUCAUGGUCGCAACAAGUCCAGCUAGUUCUCGAAUUAGCACUGUAUAUAAGCGCGACGCUACGGAACUGUACAUACAUGAGCGAAUUUUUUAAAUCUUCAACGUCGUUCUGGUCAGCAAUGACUGCCGUAAUGA